AUGAAUUCAAAUCAAAACGAAGAUAAACAGGAUGGAUUCAAUCAAGCUAAAGCAAAUAUCUUCGUUCCAUCAAUACCUAUUCCAGCCGAAACGAUUUCAAUCAACGGUCCAGAUUUUAAUCAUGGAUUAGACUUAAAUCAAUUACUGGAAUCUUAUCAAAAAGUUGGAUUUCAAGCUACAAGUUUACAUCAAUCAAUCGAAAUCAUCAACAAAAUGCGUCAAUGGAGAUUAUCAGAUGACGAUCCAAGCAUAACUCGAGAUUCACCUGAAGACGAAAAAACCAAAAUCUUCCUAGGUUUCACCUCGAAUUUAAUUUCAUCAGGUUUACGAGAAAUCAUCAAAUUCUUAACCGAACAUUCUUACAUCUCAGUGAUCGUCACCACAGCAGGAGGUAUAGAAGAAGACAUUAUUAAAUGUUUAGGUUCGACUUAUUUAUCUUCAUUUGAUCAAAACUCAGGUUCAGCUUUACGUAAAUCAGGUUUAAAUCGAAUAGGUAAUUUAAUCGUACCUAAUGAGAAUUAUUGUAAAUUUGAAGAUUGGGUGAUACCUAUUUUAAAUCGAAUGAGAGAAGAACAAAUUCAAGAUAAAAUUAAUUGGACUCCUUCUAAAGUGAUUGAAAGACUUGGGAUUGAAAUUAAUGAUCCGACUUCAGUACUCUAUUGGGCUGCUAAAAAUAAAAUUCCUGUGUUUUGUCCUGCUUUAACUGAUGGAUCUUUUGGUGAUAUGUUAUGUUUUCAUUCGAUUAAAAUGGAUCCUGAUCCAAUCAGAAUUGAUAUAGUAGAAGAUAUCAGAUCCAUUAAUGAGUUAGGUAGAUCAGCUAAAAAAGCCGGUAUGAUCAUCUUGGGUGGUGGUGUCUGUAAACAUCAAAUUGCUAAUGCAAUGUUAUAUAGAAAUGGAGCGGAAUAUGCUGUGUAUGUUAACACUGGUCAAGAAUUCGAUGGAUCUGAUUCUGGUGCUAGACCCGAUGAAGCAAUCAGUUGGGGAAAGAUUAAAAUGGAUUCAGAGAGUGUUAAAGUCUUUGCUGAUGCUACUUUAGUCUUUCCUUUAAUUGUUGCUGCUACAUGGGGAAAAGAUCAUGUAAAAAAUCAAGAAUUGAAAAAAAUGAAGGAUUCUAAUGAUACCGAAGCUGAUGUAAAACAAAAUACAAAGUAA